AUGGCAGAUGUGAAGAAGUGGACCGAAGUGUUAACAGCUGCUGAAUUGAUUAAAUCAAGGAAUCCAAUUGCUAAUCACGUUGCAAUCGAUAAAGGUGACAUUACCAAGUUAGAAGUCGAUGCCAUUGUCAACGCAGCAAACAGCUCACUUCUGGGUGGUGGUGGAGUGGAUGGAGCCAUUCAUCGUGCAGCAGGCCGAGCCUUAUAUGAAGAAUGCAAAAAAUUGAAUGGUUGUAGAGUGGGUGAAGCUAAAAUAACCAAAGCAUACAAUCUGAAACAUAUAAAACAUAUUAUACAUACGGUAGGUCCGCAGGUUCACUCACAAGUUACCGAUGAACAACGAGAACUUUUGAAGUCUUGUUACAUAGAAUCCUUGGAGCUUGCAGUUGCUAAUAAUCUGAGAACUGUUGCUUUUCCCUGUAUUUCGACCGGCGUUUAUGGUUAUCCUAAUGAUGAUGCAUGCAAUGUUGUUAUCAGUUCGGUUUUGACUUGGCUGGAAAGCAAUAAAGAUAAGAUGGACAAAGUAAUCUUCGUCACAUUUUUGGAUGUAGAUUACGAAUUAUACAAAAAAUAUUUAAAGGAGAAAAUGGCAUUAUUUACCACAGCGGAACAAAUUGUGAAUCUGAAUGUUGGUGGACAUCGGUUUGCUACUACACGACAUACUUUAACAUGGAUACCAGAUACCUUUUUUACGAGUUUAUUAAGUGGAAGAAUCCCUACUGUUCGUGAUGAAACAGGCGCGUUUAUAACUUAUCAAUUUAAGGUUUUCAUUGAUCGAGAUCCAGAAAUUUUUCGGAUAAUUUUGAAUUAUUUGCGAACGAAACAAAUUGAUUUAAGUGGAGUGAGCUUAGUGAACUUGAAACAUGAAGCGCAGUAUUAUGGCCUUGGCCCUCUUGUGAAACGAUUAACUUUGUGUGAAGAAUUAGAUGAAUGCGGUUGUGGUGAUGUUCUUUUUAAUGCUCUGUUACCUCCUCCUACAUUGCCCUUAAACGAAAAUCAUAAAACUUCCUCAUCUACUCCAAAUAGCUAUCAUCCAUCAAAUUCAUCACAUGACUUAAUGUCAGUCCCUUUCCCUUCACUUCAUUUUCAAUAUCCAAGCGAAUCUAUUGUACCUGCAAAUGAAGGAGGAUCAAAUAAUUCGGUUUCGAAAGCAUUACAGCAACCACGAUUGCUGCCGAGCAUGGAAGCUAAAUUUCAGGCAAGAUUGCGAGUACCACAAGCAGUGGAAGCUUUAGUUGAAAAAACUAUAAAAGGCACUUCACAUUCGUCAACGAGGACAUUUCUUGAAAAUCAUACUUCAUAUAAUGAAGAAGUGAAUAUGGAAGGAUCAGAGGUAGCAAAUCUACCAGUACAAAGUGGUAGUAUCAUGUCUGGAAAUGUCUUACGGGUAACUGCAUCAGAUAUACAGACAUGUAGCGCAGAUGUUAUCCUCAAAAGCGAACUUUCAUUGUUGAUGCGCUAUUCUGCCCGCAUGUCUGAUCAGUUAUCAGGACCUUUACGUGUUCGUGUUAUUCGAGCACACAAUAAUUCAAUUGCUGUUGGAUAUGCGAAUUUUGUUUGCUGUUACAGGUCAACACACGGGAUAAUGAAGGAAAGUUUGGGUUGGCAGCAACUAUACAUGUCGCCACGUAUGGAUGCACUUGUUCGUCAUGUGGCACUGUAUGCAAAGUUUGGAGAAAAAAUGCUGGCCGUUGCACUAUCAAAUAAUGAGAUACAUUUGUGGAACAUCUCAGAAGAUGAUGUUAAUUUUGGAGCCAAAAUUGGAAUGUUCACUCUGUUGGUUGCUGUCGACAAGCUAUUUUUCAUUGGGAGCCAGUUAGUGGCACUAAGCAAAAUUGGUAAAGUAGGGAUCUGGCAUUCAAUGACUCACAAUUGGCAAGUUCAAGAUGUGGUAUCAAUAUCGUGUUAUGAUACAGCAGGAUCAUUUCUGCUCCUUGGUUGCACUAAUGGGUCCAUUUAUUACAUCGAUAUGCAAAAAUUUCCAUUGCGAAUGAAAGAUAAUGAUUUGCUCAUCACAGAGCUUUAUCGAGACCCAAAGGCUGACGUCAUUACCGCCAUAAGUGUCUAUUUGACUCCAAAAACAAACCUUCGAGGAAACUGGAUCGAAAUUGCUUAUGGAACUUCAAGUGGUAGUGUAAGAGUAAUUGUGCAGCAUCCAGAAACUGUUGGGCACGGCCCACAGCUCUUCCAGACUUACACUGUACAUACAUCACCGGUCACACGAGUUGCCUUAACAGCUAAUCAUCUCAUUAGCGGCUUUCUUCAUAACAUAACUGCAUUUAUUGAAGUAUGUGGUGAGUAUAAUCAUGUACGGUCUUGGGGCGUGACGCGUUUUCGAGGCAUGAUUUCGACUCAACCUGGUAGUACAUCAUUAGCAUCUUUCAAAGUUCUAACACUAGACAGUACUGACGAGAUGCUUGAUGCGGAUGGAAAUGAUCCAGGUACUUAUUUCAUCAGUUCACUUUGUUUUACUCAUUAA